UCAGUUCAGGAGCUUUAGCGGGAACAGUGAACCAAAAUGACCACUUCUGGCCAGAACAUGAUGAGCAAGAUCAUCUUCUAUGAGAACAGGAAUUUCCAAGGCCGCUCCUAUGAGUGCAGCAAUGACUGUUCCGACAUGUCCACCUACUUGAGUCGCUGCCACUCCUGCAGGGUGGAGAGUGGCUGCUUCAUGAUCUACGAUCGCACCAACUACAUGGGAAACCAGCACUUCAUGAGGAGGGGAGAGUACUCUGACUACAUGCGUAUGAUGGGAAUGAGCGACUGCAUCAGGUCUUGCCGCAUGAUCCCUAUGCACAAAGGGUCCUACAAGAUGAGGAUCCAUGAGAGGGAGAACUUUGGAGGCCAGAUGCACGAGCUGAUGGAUGAAUGUGACUCCAUCAUGAAUCGUCACCAUAUGUCUGACUGCCAGUCCUGCAACGUCAUGGAGGGCCACUGGCUGAUGUACGAGCAUCCCUACUACAGAGGCAGGCAGAUGUACAUGAGGCCUGGAGAGUACAAGAGCUUCAGAGAGAUGGGCAUGGGCAUGGGAAUGGGAGGAAUGAGGUUCAUGAGCAUGAGGCCAAUUAUGGGCUCUUAUUAUUAAAUAAAGCAGAGAACUCGGAAUAAAAUCAGUUACU